UUCCUUGUUUUCAUAGCUUGAAUGACAUAAUUCUCACUUUAAAGAUGUAUGAGUAUGCCCCUUGUUGCUUUAUUGACAAUUGAUCUGUGAAAUAAUUGUCAUCUAGUCUCAUGUACUGUGCAUCUCUAAAAGAUUGGCUGGUUCUUUAGCAUUCUGGUAGAGUCUGGGGUACAUGUCCCAAUUUUAAUCAUGGUAGCUGUCCUAUCCUUUCUCUCUUGUAGGCUGGUGAACAAGAACCCAUAUCCUACUAAAUCGGUGAAGCAUGCAGUUGAAGAUAAGAAAGCUGACUCGGGUGCUGCAACUUCACCAAAUGCAGGUUGUUUCGAGAAAUCCCAUAUGCCUCAAGAACUUCACCCGGAGGCAGUAGCUCGCCUGGCUUAAGAUAUCCGUGAAGGGUCUUUUAUUUAAUCGGAUAAUCUUAUAUUAACUGUGUUGUUGUUGUUGUUGUAAAAUGUAGUCUAGGACUAGUAGGAAUAAUGAUGUGUGAUUUGCCCUUAAUGAGGUAAACAAGCUAAGGAUUUCCUGGGCAAUUGAAACAGGUCUUCUGGUAAGUUUAGAUGAUUUGUCCUUGGGUUUGCCGCUUCUGUUCUCCAGUAUUUGUUCGCUUGUUUGCCUUUUUGCUUCAAAGGCAGAUUUCUGUCUUAUUAGAUGACUGCUAUGGAGAAAGUGUUUGUCUCUGAACUGAAUGAUUAAUGACAAACCAAUUAUCUAGGAUCUGUUAUUGGGUAUUUAUGCCUCUGCUCUUGUAAUUAGGCUCUUGUAAUUAGGCUCUUGUCCUUGUGGCUUAUCAGGAGACUUGUAAUGUUGCUUUAAUGUUUUAUGUGAUCUCUGAAGUGUAUGGUGUAAAGCUCAUCCUUAACCCGUGAAUAAUCUUGGAGAGUAUUCGCCCUACUCGCUUUGUUGUAACAUACUGUGGAAAUAGGAUGAGAAUGACACGUCAAGUUAAUAAUGAACAGAGAACUUAUGG